AACAAGCUCGCCGGCCAGGAAUUGACGUGCGGCACGGAACAAUCCUGCCCGGAUGGGACCGUGAUGUCUUUCGAAGUCUACCCGGAGAAGAAGCUCCCCCUCGCUCGCGGCUCGUACUGGGACUACUUCUCGAUCCUCACGUACCCCGACAAUGGCGGCGCUGGUCCGACAAAGGAAUGCCCGACCGGCUUCAGAGACGUGCACGAUGCGGCCGAGUGCGAGAGCCUCGCUCGCUCGACUGGCCUUGAGUGGGUCAGCACGCUGAGCAACGACGCCAACUGGAUUCACGGCUGCUUCGAGUGGUACUCUGGGACCGCUUGGCAGGCUCAGUGGUCGAGCAAGAGGGUGUAUUGGAAUGACCGGCUCGAAUGGUCUGAUUGUGCCACGGAGGGUGGAUACUGCAACUGUCCCUGGUCGACGCGACGGUUGUGGGCGCUGUCCCAGGCUUUGGCGUGA